GGUUCCGUAGAAUACUCGUCUGGGAUUGGACAAGUUACCAUCACGCUAAACAAAAUCGUUUGCAGAACGUCCAGCAAGCAGAUCACUGUCAAAAUGAGUCUGAGGAAGCAGACCCCGAGUGACUUUCUGAAGCAGAUAAUUGGAAGACCUGUGGUGGUCAAAUUGAAUUCUGGUGUCGACUACAGAGGUGUUCUGGCCUGUCUGGACGGCUAUAUGAACAUUGCCAUAGAGCAGACAGAGGAGUAUGUCAAUGGACAGCUGAAGAACAAGUAUGGAGAUGCCUUUUUGAGAGGAAACAAUGUUCUGUACAUCAGUACCCAGAAGAGGAAGGUGUAGAGGGCGUCAUUUUGAGUUUUCGUUUUUAUUUUUCAGUGAUGUUUCAAUUGUUUGAAGUAUUUUGUUCUGUAAAGUCUGAAGCUCUAAAGCAUGUUUGUUUUUGUAAAAGUGGAAUAAGGUAAUACAUUCAGAAUUUUGA